UGAUUGGUCAACCUGUAAAUCAAGUGAUUGGUCAACCUGUAAAUCAAGUGAUUGUUCAACCUUUAAUGCCACAAACCGCCAAUAUUCUCGUAAAUUCAUCCUUCGACAAUCUUGCUGCUGAACAAAAAUACGAAAUUUUAACCGAAGGUACAGAUCCGUUUACUGCACAAGAAACAGAAAAUCAAGCAGUUCAAUUCCCGGCCUUUAUCUUUUUAGGAUCACACUUUGGAUAA